UAUUAAUAUUGAAACUUAUAGAAACUUAUUGAAACUUAUCUGAACUUAUUGGACUUUAUUGAAACUUAUCUGAACUUAUCUGAACUUAUUGGACCUGAAACUUUUUUUUUUUUUUAAGGUGUACAUAACGCACCCUACCCUGUCCAUUAACCAGGUUUAUUCUAAACCACUCAAACACCUAUGUCAAACUAAGAAAAAAGACAGUAGGAAAAUAAGUUCAAUUACUGUGUAUCAUAGAUUCAUAGGGAUGAAUGAUGAUAGUAACAAUAGUUGAUGGUGUGACAAACUCAAAUGAGGUUAGUAACCAUGUAUACCCAGUUACUGAUACUUCACAGACAACAAGGUUAACCACAAUGCAUAUACCGGAGUAUUGAUGAGUUUAUCGACCAGGCGACUGAUUUAGAUAGGUUACCAAUAAUUGAUAACAAAUUCCAGAUUUGUAUCAUCUUCCAUAUGGUUAUGGACUAUGAUUUGCUGUAACCUACAUAUAUUAGCUGUCUGGAAUAUUUUGUAUGCAAGACAUUAUCAUGGGAUUAAGUUUGACAAAAUCUCUUGUCCCACAUUUUAUUUUGAUUUUGUAUCAUAAUUAAUUUGAUAAUCUAUCUUGGACUGAAUCAAAUUCCAGAUAAUUUAUUUGUUUAAUUAAUAUCCUGUCCACAGGUUGUCAUUUGUCAACCUAAAAUUAUUAAUUUAUAAUUCAAAUUUAUUUACUUUAGUCCUUAUUGUUUUAGAAGGUAGUGCCUUGGUGCAAUAGGUCAAGUGUCUACUUGCUAUCGGCUAUGUCACAAGUUCCAUCCGAGAGUCUUGUGCACUGGGUACGACCUUUGUUUUUUUCUUUUUGAACUUUUAACAAAUUGUUUUAUCAACUAUUUUCCUAAGAAAUCCCCUGAAACUUCUUCAAAUUAACCACAAUUCUGCAACAAAUGAAAAUAUUAGAGCUUGGAAAUUUUUAUGCUGGAGGAUGUUAAAAUUGGUUUUUCCACAUUAUCUUCAGAUUAAGACUCUUUUUUUGUCGGGCACGUAGUAAUUAACAAAAUUAUAGUUUGUGAGAGUGAAUUAUAUGCAUAUGUUUCCAUCUUUGAUCGAGAUUUGUUCACAAAUCAUCUCAAUUUUGUAGCUAAAUUUUGUUUUAACAUAAUUGUUUGAGCACACUAGUUAUUCUAGCCUAGCUGCAUUGCAUGGUAAAUGUCGAAAAAUAUUGAUAAUUUCUAGUAUCAUAAAUGUGUAGAUAUGGGAAUUAGGCUCCCAUCUGCAGACCACAAUUCAUAUCUUAGCAGUAGGCUUGAAGGAGAGUUUUAUUUCGCGAGAUCAGAUUCAGGGAACUGAUUAAUGGAUCGAGAAUUCGAGCAGCAGAACAAGGGAGCUAUCAGGACAACAAUAUUGAUGCAGAAUUGUACUUUCAAACAUCAGAAAAGUAAUGGUAUCGUGUCUCAUUCCUCAUACUGCUUGGCUCUGAUUCUGGUGAAGGAGCUACAUAGGCUGUAUAGUAUACAAAGAAGGCAAAUGAACGAGCUAAAACAAGAAACCAAACAACCAACCGCAGAUUAUCAAAAUUUCUUAGAAAAUUAUUCACCUUCUGCAAGCAAAGGUGGGAGUUGCUCAACUGAUACUGCUGCUUGCAGAUCAUCAGUAGCAAACUAUUUCAACCUCGAAAAGCAUAUACGCCGGGAGGACAACUGCUCCAGCCCUGUGGGAUUCGGUAAGUUAAGCAUCAACGGUGGUGAUGGUGAUGGUGAUGGUGAUGGUGAUGGUGAUGGCGAUGAUGAAAGUAGUAAGGUGGUGGAUUUGACAUUAAGCAUUGGUUUUGGAGGAAAUAGCAGUAGCAAAAAGUUUUCUACAACAUAAUAAGGAUUUCAUUCCUGUACAAAGCCAAGCACCUGAAUUAUUUUUUUCUUCAUGUUUACAAUUUACACUUUCAGCUUAGGAUUUCAUUUGUUGAAUUGAAUUAACGUUUAAGUGAGGCAAAUAGGAACUAAUAUUGUUUUAUGUAUAUAUAUAUAUUUUUUUU